CUGUUUUUGGCAAAAGAGAGGGACAUACUGUUGCUGGUCGCCAUGCCGAUCCCUAAUCUUUAUGAGUAGACAUUGUAAACUCAGCUGUCCGUCUUAGAUCCCACCAUCAGACCACCAAUUGGACAAUCACUGAUUCCAUGGGAACGGUGCGAGUCAACAGGUAUAGCAUUGUAUCUACAGACGAAGAGGGGAUCAAAGUCUCCGCUUUUGGGCUCCACAAUGGCCACAGUCCUUUGACACGUCACCAGCACUCCCUGGGUUCUGGGGCAGGAAGUGCAAGUGGAGGUGCUGCAGGCAGUGGAGGAUUUCCAUCCGAGACACAGAGGAUGGACAACAACGGAAGGAUCCUGACUGCCAGGAGGGGAACCCCACGCAGCCGCUUUGUCAACAAGAAUGGUCAGUGCAACGUGGUCUUCGCCAACAUGGAUGACAAGCCAAAGCGCUACCUGGCCGAUAUAUUCACCACAUGUGUCGACAUUCGCUGGAGAUACCUCCUGCUCAUCUUUACCUCUGCUUUCCUGUCCUCCUGGCUGUUUUUUGGGCUUGUUUUCUGGACUAUUGCCUGGGCACAUGGGGACUUUGAUGUGCACUCAGGUGCAAGGUCCCCUUUUGGGGGCAACAAUGUCGGUGGACUGGGAAUGGGUGUUGGUGAAAGAGAAGACAUCCAGAAAGAGUGGAUUCCUUGUCUCCUCCAUGUUCAGGGUUUCACAGGAGCCUUCUUGUUUUCCAUUGAGACUCAGACCACCAUCGGCUAUGGGUUCCGGUGCGUGACAGAGGAGUGCCCUGUGGCCGUGAUGAGUGUAGUGAUCCAGUCCAUUGUGGGCUGCAUCAUUGACGCUUUCAUGAUUGGCACCAUCAUGGCCAAGAUGGCCCGACCCAAGAAAAGGAAUCAAACUCUGCUCUUCUCCCAGAAUGCUGUCAUUGCCCUUCAUGAUGGCAAACUGUGCCUGAUGUGGCGUGUGGGCAACCUGCGGAAGAGUCAUAUUGUCGAGGCUCAUGUUCGUGCCCAGCUCAUCAGGCCAUAUAUCACAGCAGAGGGGGAGUUCAUCCCUCUUGAGCAGACAGACCUCAAUGUGGGCUAUGAUGAGGGGAUAGACCGGCUCUUCCUGGUUGCCCCACUUGUCAUCAUCCAUGAGAUUGAUGAGGACAGCCCUUUGUAUGGCCUGAGCAAGGCAGACCUGGAAACUGAAGACUUUGAGAUUGUGGUGAUCCUGGAGGGAAUGGUGGAGGCCACAGCCAUGACCACCCAAGCCAGGAGCUCCUACCUAGCCAAGGAAAUCCUCUGGGGCCAGAGGUUUGAGCCCGUGGUAUUUGAGGAACAUGACCGCUACCAGGUGGACUACUCCCGCUUCCACAAGACCUAUGAGGUGCACUCUACUCCCCACUGCAGCGCCAAGGAACUCAGUGAGAUGGCUGGCCGUUCAUCCUCCUCUUCAUCUCGCUCUGUGUCUCCUGCAGGCACCAUGAAAAGGCGGCACCUCAUACCUCCUCACUCCCCUAGUGCAUUCUGCUAUGAAAAUGAGGUUGCCUUUUGUGAGGAGGAUAGUGGAGGUGCUGGAAGGAGAGACGGAGGGGCAGCAGAAGAGCGGACGGUGGUAGCUGUCAGCAAGGAGUCGCUCUUUCAGGACCAACUCUUCCAAGAACCUCACUUCCCUGAGAGGUUUCAUGAGCAAGCCAGCGAGAUGCUGUGCGUUUUAGAUAUGGAUGACAACAUGGACUUUGAUCGGCUACAGGCUGCCAUUCCCCUCGACCCACUUCCCUGCAGGAAUGACUCUGAUAUUUGAUUGCAGAGACAAC